UUAGGUAUUUUAUUAUAUAUAUCUCGACAUAAGAGUUUUUUUAAAAAAAUAGUGUGCGGCUUGGACGAUUGAUGAACAGAACAGAACAAAACAUCAUCAACAAUGAUUGAUUCACUAGGACUUUUAGUUGUUCUUUUAGGACAUUCAGUGAUAACGAGAGGCGAAAAUAUUACGUGCAACACUUCAUGUGUACGUGGUCCCGAUAAUACAACAGAGACGUGUAACAUAACUACUGGUGAAUGUUUAUAUGGCUGUAACGUUGGGUUCGCUGGACCAAAUUGCACAUAUAGAUGUCCAGAUUCAUGUUUACACCCACAAGAUAAUGAAACUGGGCCAUGUGACCAUAUAUCUGGGGAAUGUUUACUUGGCUGCAAAGAAGGCUUUGCAGGAUUAAACUGCUCGAUUCUAUGUCCAGAGAAUUGUUUAACAGGUGAAAGCGGUAUGGAUAUAUGUAAUGAAACUACAGAGCAGUGUUUAUUUGGAUAUAAAGAUGGAUUUUAUGGUUCAAACUGCACAAGAAGGUGUUCUAAUGUAGACCAACACUGUGAACAAUGUAGUGAAAGAAAGGGUGACAUUUGGUGUGUUCCUUCAUAUAUAAGUGGUGAGCCGCAAUGUAGACAAGAUGAUGGCUAUUGUAAUCAUGGGUGUAAAACAGGACGGUAUGGUUUCAUGUGUGGAGUUCGCUGCAGUUCUACGUGUAAUGAUGAGUGUCACAGGGAAACUGGAAUGUGUUUUGAAUGUCAACCUUCAAGCUAUUGUGGAUCAACUUGUAAAAUACCAUGUCAAGAUGGUUGUUUACUUCAACAAUGUAAUCAAUCCUGUCAAUGUGUAAAGGGGUGUACUACUACCAAUUGGGGAGAAAAAUGUCAGACUGUAUGUAAUUCAAACUGUAUCAAACCAUCUAAUCCAUCAGAAAGAGUUUGCAACGCUUAUGAUGGAACAUGUCUAUUAGGAUGUGAAGGCGAACGGUUCUGGACUAAUGAGUGUACCGAACCAUGUUUUAGUACCUGUGUCAACGGCACAUGUGAGCAUUACACUGGAAAUUGUAAAGAUGGAUGCACGAGUAACAGAGUCUAUGGUGGGCGAUGUGAUACGCCGUGUAACAAAAACUGCAAUGCUGGCACUUGCAAAAGAGAGGAUGGAUAUUGUGAUAAAGGUUGUAAAGAAGGAAGUUUCGGUAACAAUUGUGGAAAUAUCUGUAGUGCAACAUGUUUAAACCAAAAAUGCAAUAGAGUUAAUGGCUGCUGCACAGACGGAUGUAUCUCUGGAUUUGAAGGACAGCAAUGCGAAAGAGGUUGUAAAGAAGGAAGUUACGGUAACAAUUGUGGAAACAACUGCAGUGCAACAUGUUUAAACCAAAAAUGCAAUAAAGUUGAUGGCAGCUGCACAGAGGGAUGUAUUUCUGGAUUUGGAUGA